AUGGAGCCACUUGAAAUCCUCAACAAUAGUCAAAGAGCAGUAGAAGGAGCCCUCCGACUUGAGAAGUGUGGCUUUGGAUUUGAAUGGACCGACGUUCAUUUUGCCCUCUUCGCAUUCGGUUUUGCGGUGUUCCAGAGAGGUCAUGGGUUUAAAUCCGAACCAUCCCAGCUGAGGCGAGCCGAUGAGGAGGAUGAUGUCCUGCUGGGUGAAGAGGAGGAGGAGGCGGCCGCGGUGGCCCGGCCGGUCCAGAUCGUGGUGGCGGACGAGGAGGAGCACUCCUUCUCGCUGCAGGAGGAGGCCCUGGAGCAGCUGCUGCUGCAGCCGGAGGUGCGGGACCUCCACGUGGUCGUGGUCUCGGUGGCCGGAGCCUUCCGCAAGGGCAAGUCCUUUCUCCUGGACUUCAUGCUGCGCUACAUGUACAAACAGUCACACGACUCGUGGGUUGGCGGGGAGGAGGAGCCUCUGACCGGCUUCACCUGGCGGGGGGGCUGCGAGAGGGAAACCACUGGCAUCCUGGCCUGGAGCGAAGUGUUUGUGGUGGGGAAACCAGAUGGGAGCAAGGUUGCAGUUUUAAUCGUGGACACGCAAGGUGCGUUCGACAGCCAGUCCACCAUCAAAGACUGCGCCACGCUGUUCGCCCUGAGCACCAUGACCAGCUCUGUCCAGGUGUACAACCUGUCGCAGAACGUCCAGGAAGACGACCUCCAGCACCUCCAGCUCUUCACCGAAUACGGGCGGCUUGCCAUGGAGGAAGUCUACGAAAAACCCUUUCAGACGCUGAUGUUUUUGAUCAGAGACUGGAGUUACCCCUACGAACACCCAUACGGCCUGGAGGGAGGGCAGAGCUUUCUGGAAAAGCGACUGCAGGUGAAACAGAACCAGCACGAGGAACUCCAAAAUGUCCGCAAGCACAUCCAUUCCUGCUUCUCCAACAUCAGCUGCUUCCUGCUCCCACACCCCGGCCUCAAGGUGGCCACCAACCCCCACUUUGACGGCCGGCUCAUGGACAUCGACGACGAAUUUAAGAAGGAGCUGGUGAACCUGAUCCCAGCGCUUCUUUCUCCCGAAAAUCUGGUGGAGAAGGAAAUCGGCGGAGUAAAAAUCACCUGCAGAGACCUGCUGCAGUACUUCAAAGCCUACAUGAAGAUCUAUCAGGGAGAAGAACUUCCCCACCCCAAGUCCAUGCUGCAGGCAACAGCUGAAGCGAAUAACCUAGCGGCUGUGGCAGGAGCCAAAGACGUGUACACGAAGAGCAUGGAGCAGGCAUCAGGCGGCGUUCCCCUUCCUGGAAAGGCAUCUGAAGUCCGGUCUGCCGCCCCUCAGGUCUGCGGGGGGGACAAGCCCUACAUCGCCCCGGCCGAGCUGGAGCGCCGCCACCUGGAGCUGCGGGCGGCGGCCGUGCGGCACUUCCGCGCCGUCAAGAAGAUGGGCGGCGAGGAGUUCUGCCGGCGCUACCAGGAGCAGCUGGAGGCCGAGCUGGACGAGGCCCACGCCAGCUUCAGCCGCCACAACGACGGCAAGAACAUCUUCCACGCCGCGCGCACGCCGGCCACGCUCUUCGCCGUCAUGUUCGCCGCCUACGUGGCCUCGCUGGUCACCGGCUUCGUGGGCAUCAGCUCGGUGGCCGUGGCCUGCAACGUGGUGAUGGGGCUGGCGCUGGCGGCCCUCUGCGUCUGGACCUACGUCAAGUACUCCGGGGAGUUCCGAGAAGUGGGGGCGGUCAUCGACCGGGUGGCGGAAACCCUGUGGGAGCAGAGGACUCCAAGAAAGGUCUUCUCCAAACUCUUCGAGGUGGCCCGGAGCCGCGUCCCGCUGACCAGCCUGAUCCCCGCGCCGCGGCCCCGGCUCGCCUCCAACAACAAUGUCAAGAAGAAAAACUAG